CUCAUCGUUGUCAGUACGUACGUUGUCCACAGUCCACACUAUGCCAGCAACAAAUGCCGUGCCCGGGACAGCACGCCCCAUCCCGUUCAAGGACGUCCUCGUCGUCGUCAUCGACAAUGAUGACGACGACGGCGCGGCCGCGAUCCCGAGGCAGCCAGCCUCCGUGGCGGCCCUGGCCGCGGAGGAGUACCGCGGCAUCGUCGCCGCGCUCCCGAGCAAGCUGCCCGGGACGCCGCAGAGGAUGCGCCUCUACCAGGGCUCCUGGUUCCGGGAGGACUGGGUGCUCGGCUUCGUCGCGAUCCAGCGCCACUUCGCCCCGCGCGACGGCGACGUGGUCCUCGCGAGCCUGCCCAAGUGCGGCACCACGUGGCUCAAGGCCCUGGCCUUCGCCACGGCGGCGCGCGCCGCGUACCCACCGCGCCGCCGCCACCGGCGGCGGCGAGCCGCACCCGCUGCUCCAUCUCAACCCGCACGACUGCGUCCCGUUCAAGGAGGCCGUGUACUUCGCCGGGGACGAGGCCAGGCUCGCCGCGGCGCCGUCGCCGCGGCUGAUGAGCACGCACGCUUCAUUCUCGGUGCUGCCAGCCUCCGUUACCGACAACCCUGGCUGCAAAAUCGUUUACAUAUGCAGGUAAGUGAAGUGAUGUGAGAUGGCUCGAUAUAUCCACUUCUAAACAUACAUGCGAUUAUGGACGUUGCAUGGCCAACAACACACGCACAGCCCACUCGGCCACUCCACCGCACGCGUACGUCCACACAUUUGAGCUUUUACCACCCCAGUAUGGAAUGUUCUGCAAGAAUUUGAAGAUAUAAACGAAGAAAAGGCUCAUCAUGUUCGAUUUUAAUCUAUACACAUGAAGAAAAGGCUUGACUAUGGGAGAAUAUGAAAAACACAAAUAGAAAUUUCAGAAAUAAUAGUGUACAUGGACUCUAUAAAAAAAUAUAAUUCCUCCCAGGAUUUUAUAAAUAUAUAAGUUUGACCGAGAAAAGGAAAAAUUACAAAAAAAAAUCGAAACCCUAACCGGAGAAUCAAGAAGCCACCGCCACUAUCGUCAUCAUCAUCGCUCGAAGCCACCGCGGCCAUCAUCGUCGCCGUUGCCCCAAGCCACCAGCGGAUCUUCGUCAUCGUCAUCAUCCUCGCUUGAAGCCGCCGCCAGCGUCGCCGUCUUCGCGCGAGGUGUUGAGGCGGCAGGAUCUGCGCGA